AUGUGGGGUCUUGUGGGCCUUGCGGGGUUUGGCCUGUAUCUGCUAGAAUCCUUGGGGGGUGCUGAGGCAUCGUUGCCUAUUGAGGUCUCCUCUCUCUCCCCCUCGUCUCCCCAAGCCAAUCGCGAUCCCGAUCCCAACCCCCCACACCCUCUGCAGCGCCGCCCCGCAGCUGCUGCUGCUGCAGCAGCAGCUAUCUCUGACCCCUCACACUUAAGCCGAGAAGAUGUCGGCUCGCUGCUGCGGCUACCCAGAAGAGUGCAGCGGCGCAGCAACAGGUACAGCAGCAACGCCCCCAACCGCAGCGACGAUGAAGACCUUGAGCACGAGCUGCAGCAGAUGCUGCGAGAGGAGAUGCAACAGGAGUUCAAGCAAGACAUGCAGCAGGAGCUGAAGGAAGAGCUGCAGCAGCAGGGGCUGCAGCAAGGCAUGCAGCAGCAGCUGCAGCAAGAACUGCAUCAGGAGCAGCAGCAUGAGCUGCAGGAGACUCUGCGGCAGGAGCUGCAGCAGCAGCAAAGGCCAGGAUUGCCUAUAGGGAAACAGUGGGCCUCCUUCGGCCGCAACCACAGCAAGAAGGGCGUAACGCUUGCUGCUGUUCUGCUGCUGUGUCUCGUUAUAUUCCGUAUAGCGUACAGCCGCAUGCACCAGCUGCAGCAGCAGGAGCAGCAGGAGCAGCAGCAGCUGCAGGAGCAGCAAGAGGAGCAGCAGGAGGAACAGCAGCCGGAGCAGCAGCCCGUCCCCACGGACAUAGCAGCGGACGAAGCAGCAGCAGCAGCAGCAGCAGCACAGACAGACCCCACAGCAGCAGCAGCAACCACCCCUGAAGACGAAACACCGGUGGCAGCAGCAGACGGAGAAGCAUCAGAGGCAACAGCAGCGGAGACAACAGCACCAGGAGCAGCAGCAGCACCAGAAGCAGCAGAGGCAGCAGCAGCUGAGGGAGCAGCUGCAGAACCUGAGAAGGAGUCCCCCGAAGCAGCAACAGCAGCAGCAGCAGCAGCAGCAACAGCAGCAGCAGCAGCACAAAGUGCUGCACCUAAGAAGAAGAGAAUAUCAACAUUACUAUCAUCGAAAGCAGCAAAAGAAACGAAGAAAAAAAAUAUAGUAACAGCAAAAGCAGCAGCAGCUGAUGCAGAAGACGCAGAGAAAAAAAUAAAAGAUGCUAUAGAGAAGAAAGAAAAGGCAGCAGCAUCACGAGCAGCAGUAGACAGAGCAGCACUACUAUCGGACCCGAAAGCAGCAGCAGAAGCAGCAGCAAAGAGAGCAGCAGAAGCGGGACGAUUGGAAGCAAGAGCUGCUGCCUUGAAGCGAGCAGCAGCAGCACCAGCAGCUAAAGCAGAAGCAGAUGCAGCAGCAGCAGCAGAGAAGGCAGCAGUGGCGCAAGCAGCAGAGGAAAAGGCAGAAAAGUCUAGAUAUGCCGAAGACAAGGCAAGAGAAAAAGCAGCAGAAGAUACAGCUGAAGCACAGGCAGCACGAGAAGAAGCAGAAGAAGCAGCAGCAGAGGCAGCAGCUGCAGCAAGAAGGAAAGAAAACGCAGCAAAGAAACCAGCAGGUGCAGCAGCAGAAGACGAAUCAUCAGCAGAAGAGUCUGAUGAUGAAGCAGAGACACCAGAGCAGCUGGCAGCAGAAGCAGCAGAAGCAGAAGAGAUAGCACGAGAGUCAAGGGCUGCAGCAGAAGCAGCAGCAGAUGUAGCAGCAGCAGAUGCAAAAGCAGCAAAUGCCGCAACAGCAGAAGCACAGGCAGCAGCAGCAAUAGCAGCAGAGUCAAAGGCCGCGCAUUUGAAGGCAGCGGAAGCAGCAGAAGCACAAGCUGCUGCAGCAGAAAAAGCAAGAGCAGCAGCAGCAGCAGCACAGGAGAUAGCACAGCUUGCUGCAAGUGGAAGCAAAUCACCAGAGGAAGUAAAACGUACACUGUCAAAAGCAGCCAGGACGGCAGCAGCAGAUGCAACAGCAGCAGCAGCAGCAGAAGAAGAAGCAGCAACAGCAGAGCAGAGGGCCAAAGCAUCGUCUGCAGCAGCGAAGAAGGCAGCAGCAGCAGCUGUAGAGGCAGCAGAAACACUUAAGCGAGCAGAACCAGAGGAAAAAGAAACAGCAGCAGCAGCAAAGAAAGCAUUGAAGGCCUCAAAACUAGCUGAAGGGGAUGCAGCAGAGCUGGCAGCAGCAGCAGCAAGAGCAGCAGCAGAGCUGGCAGAGCUGGAGUCGACUCUAAUAGCAUCUAAGUCUAUUGCCCAAUGGAAAGCAGUAGUAGCAGAGAACGCAGCAACAUCAGCAUCUUCUGCUGCUACUGCAGCAGCUGCUGCUGCAUCAAAGGCAGCAGCAGCAACCGGAACAAGGCCUGUCCCCACCCCGCUGCUGCAGCAGUUCGAUGAGAUGACAGAAGCUCAGGCUGCUGCUACUCGGCUUGCUGCAUGUUUAGAAAAGGAGAAAUCAGCAGAGCUGAUGGGGCGGCUGCAGCAGGCAGUAGAUGAGGCGGUGCGCAUACGAAAGGCAGGGGAGACAACAGAAAACGCAGCAGCAGCAGAGCAGCAGUGGAUGCAGCUGGAGGAGCAGCUAGACAACGUGUCUAGGGAGAUGCACUCUGUGCUGCAGGCCGUUGCUGCUGCUGCAGCAGAGGCUUCGCAGGGGCUGCCUGAGGAGAUAGAUGUGGGGCCUUGGAUGCCUCUCCUAGAACAAGCAGCAGAAGAGAAUGACUACAUCGAUGGGGUCACCUCCACUGUAAACUCUCUAGCAGCAGAACACUUGCAGCUGAAUGAAGGUGUUAAUCUCGCGCUGCGGAGCCUAGAGGCUAUAGCAUCCUCAGGUCGUACGGAUAAAGUGUAUCUGUGUGCUGCAGCAGAUGCAGCAACAUUUCUCUUUGAAAACACAAAGAGGAUGGUGUGGGGGGUAGAGAGCUGUCGUCAGUUGCUGCGUGAUGGUGCAGAGGCAGUAAAGGCCCCUAUAGCUGUAAAACGAAGCGAUAAAAAUAAAUGGCUUGUGGCUCAGAUUGAGAUGUCUACGGGGGUGAUGGCUGCAGUGUGGCGCAGGAUGGAGACACUGAAGGGUGCAUACGGAACAACAAUGUUAAGCCAAGUAGAAGAAGUAUUAAAAAAAGCAGAGAGUUUUUUAGGGGCUCAUAAUCUACAAAGACAAGCAAUAGAAGAAAGUACAACACCUGAAGAGCUGUAUACAGCUGAAGCAAACGCUAAAGAAAUAGAAAAAGUACUUGAUGAGCUUGUUGAUGCUCUGAGAGGUGAUGAAGGUGACCUUCCAAAGAUGAAAUAUGUUAUACCUCUAGGUGACCCUGCUCUGCAGCGUGUUACUAUGGAGCUAGCAAAAGAUGCAAGAGCUAGCUUCACCGAGGAUCGUUUGUCUUUUGAGGAGGGGAUGGUGCAUAUAUACAGCUCUCUAGGAGAUAGUUUUCCUGGGUUAGAUAAACCUGAGAAUGAUUGGCCUCACCGGGUGUCUAGGCAGGUCCUACAAAAACUUGUAAAAGAAGUUGAAGACCUAGAAACUAAUGUUAAACAUCUUUCACGACACUUUGAGAAACAUGCAACAAAUACAGAAAAAUAUAGUCUUCUAUGGAAGGGGAGACCAGUGGACUCAAUAAAAGCAGCAAGAAAUGAAGCAGAAAAAACAAUAGAAGAUACACUCGAUAUGGAGAGUGCACGCGCGGAUGCAUGUCAGCUGGUUGCAGACUAUGAGCUCCUUAAUCUCCUAGAGAUAGAUAUGCAAAGAACAGCAGAAACUAUAAAACAAAUACCAGCCAAGCUGCUGCUGCAGGAUACAGAAGAAGCAGCACAGGCAAGAACAUUUAUUAAGGAGGCAUUUGCUGCUCUAGAAAAAGCUAGGAUUGCGAAAGAUGUUGGAGAGGUGGGGCGAGCUGCUGCUGCUGCAAGAGAGAGCGGUAACAGUCUCAGAGACUAUCUCUUCUUCUUACAAUACAAAGAAACACAUAUGGAGCUGCAGAAGAUGGAUGAGCAAGAGGCAAAGGAGGCAGAGGAAGCAGAGGAGACAGAGGAGACAGAUGAGACAGGGGACGGAGGGGAGAGUGAGGAUGGAAAAGAGACAGAAGGGACAUAUAGGAGUGGAAAGGUUGAAGGGAGAGAAGAGACACAAGACGCAGAGGAGACAGAAGGGACAGAGGAGACACAGGAGUCAGGGGAAACGCAGGAGAGAGAAGGAGAAGAAAAGGCGCAGGAGACAGAAGGGGGAGAAACGAAAAAAGAGACAAAAGAGACAGAAGAGACAGAAGAGAGAGGAGAAACAGAACAAACACGAGAAACAACAGAGACACAAGGGACAGAAGAAACAGAGCGAACACAAACGCCAGACAAGGCAGAGGGAACAGAGGAGGCAGCAGAGGAAGAAAAGAAAGAAAAGAAAGAAGAGAAAGAAGAGACAGAAGACACUGAAGGGACACAACAGACAGAAGAAACACAACAGACAGAAGAAAGAGGAGAGGGAGAGGAAAAAGAAGGGACAGACAAGAGAGAAGAGACAGGAGAGGCACAACAGCCAGAAGAGAAGCCGAAGACAGAAGAGACACAAGCGAAACAGGAGACAGAAGAAAAGCAGGAAGAAGAAAACCCAGAGACUGAAGAAAAAGCAAAAGAGACAAAGGAGACUGAAGAGACACAAGACAAAGAAAACACACAUAAGCCAGGAGAGACACCAGAGACAGUAGAGACAAAAGGGACAACAGAACAAGCAAAAGAGACAGAAGAGGCAGCAGAGAGAGGGGAAACAAAGGAGACAGAAGAGAAAGGAGAGACGAAGGAGGCAGAAGAGCCAAAGGAGACAGGGGGAGCAGAAGGGACAGAAGAGACAGAGGAGGAAGAAGAGACGGAGGAGGAAGAAGAGGAGGGUGAGGAAGAAGAAGAAGAAGAGACAAAGGGGACAGAAGAAACAAAAGGGACAGAAGAGACAGAUGCGAAAAAGGAGACAGAAGAGACAGCAGAACCUGUGGUGGUGAGGGCGAUAGCAACGCCAGUGGAGACGAAAGGAACAGGAGAAAGGGAGGAGAUGAAGCAGACAGAAGAGACAAAGGAAACGGAAGAGACAAAAGAGAAAGAAGAGGAGAAAGAGACAGAGAAGACAGAAGGGACAGAAGAGACAAAGCAGGAAGAAGAGACAGAGGAAGAAGAAGAGGAGGAUGAGGGAGAAGAAGAGACAGAAGAGGAAGAAGAGAAAAAAGAAGAGAAAGAGACUGAGAGGGCAGAAGAACCAAAAGGGACAGAAGAGACAGAGGAGACAGUGGAGCCUGUAGUAGCACCGCCAACGGAGAUGCAGGAAACAGAAGAGAAGGAAGAGAAGGGAGAGGAGACAAAGGAGACAGAAGAGAUAAAAGAAGAAGAGGUGAAGGAGACAGAAGAAACAGAAGAGGGAGAAGAGACAGAAGAAUCAGAGGAAGAAGAGGCGGAAGAGGAACAAAAGGCAGAACAGAAAAAAGAGAAAGAAGAACAGGAUGAGAUAAAGGGGGCAGAUGAGGAAAGGGAGACAAAGGAGAAAGAAGAGACAAAAGAGGAAGAAGAGACAAAUGCAUCAGAAGAAGCAGAAGGAAAAGAAGAAAUAGAAGGCAAAGAGGAUACGGGGGAGACAGAAGAGACAAAAGAGGGAGAAGAGACAGAAGAGUCGGAGGAGGAAGAAGAGGCGGAUGAGAGAGAAGAGACAAAAGAAAAAGAAGAGAAAAAGGAUGAAGAAGAGACAACGGCGGCAAAAGCAACAGAAGAGACAGAAGAGACAAAGGGGACAGAGGAGACACCGCCAACGACGACGAAAGAAACAGAAGAAAGGGAGGAGAUGAAGGAGGCAGAAGAGACAGAGGAGAAAGAAGAGACAGAAGAGGAAGAAGAGGCAAAGGAGACAGAAAAGACAGAAGGGACAGAUGAGACGGAGGAAUCAGAGGAGGAAGAAGCAGAUGAGGAAGAAGAGACAGAUGAAAAAGAAGAGAAAAAAGAGGAAGAAGGGACAAAGGGGACAGAAGAGACAGAAGAGAAAGAAGAGACAGAGGAACCAGUGGAGGAGACACCGCCAACGAUAACAAAAGAAACAGAAGAAAGGGAAGAGAUGAAGGCGGCAGAAGAGACAGAGGAGAAAGAAGAGACAAAAGAGGAAGAGAAAGCAGCGGAGACAGAGGAGACUAAAGAGGAAGAAGAGACGGAAGAAUCGGAGCAGGAGGAGGAAGAGGCGGAGGAGAAAGAAGAGACAGAGGAGACAGAAGAGACAAAAGAGGAGGAGAAAGCAAAGGAGACAGAAGAGGAAAAAGAGGAAGAGAAAACAACGGAGACAGAAGAGACUAAAGAUGAAGAAGAGAAGAAAGAAUCGGAGGAGGAGGAGGAGGAGGAAGAGGCGGAGGAAGAGGCGGAGGAGAAAGAAGAGACAGAGAAGACAGAAGAGACAAAAGAGGAGGAGAAAGCAAAGGAGACAGAAGAGGAAGAAGAGGAAGAGAAGGCAACGGAGACAGAAGAGACUAAAGAGGAAGAAGAGACGAAAGAAUCGGAGGAGGAGGAAGAGGCGGAGGAGAAAGAAGAGACAGAGGAGACAGAAGAGACAAAGGAGGAAGAGAAAGAAAAGGAGACAGAAGAGAAAAAAGAGGAAGAAGGGACGGGAACAUCGGAGGAGGAGGAAGAGGCGGGGGAGGAAAAAGAGACAGAGGAGACAGAAGAGACGGAGGAGAAGGAAGAGACAAAAGAGGAAGAGAAAGCAGCGGAGACAGAAGAGACUAAAGAUGAAGAAGAGACGAAAGAAUCGGAGGAGGAGGAGGAGGAGGAGGAGGAGACGGAGAAGGAAGAAGAGACAAAGGAGACAGAAGCGACAAAGGAGGAAGAGAAGGCAACGGAGACAGAAGAUACUAAAGAUGAAGAAGAGAAGAAAGAGUCAGAGCAGGAGGAGGAAGAGGCGGAGGAGGAAGAGGAGACAAAGGAGACAGAAGAGACAAAAGACGAAGAGGAGACAAGCGGAGCAGAAGAAACAAAAGCGACAGAAGAGACAGAAGAGAUAGAGGAACUCGUGAUAAAAGAAACAGGUGAAGGGGAAGAGAAGGAGGAGACAGAAGGAGAGACAAUGGAGACAGAAGAGACUAAAGAGGAAGAAGGAUCAGAGGAGGAAGAAGAGGCGGAGGAGAAAGAAGAGACAAAUGAACCAGUAGAGGCAAAAGAGGAAAAAGAGGAAGAAGCAGAAGAAGAUACGAAGGAGACAGAAGGGACAGGAGAAUCAGAGGGGGAAGAAGAGACACAGGAGACAGUAGCGCUAGCAGGAACAACAGAGACGAAAGAAACAGAAGAAUCAGUGGAGGGAGAGGGUACAGAAGAGACAGAAGAGAAGGUAGAGAUAAAGGAGACAGGAGAGACAGCAGAAGCGCCAGGAAAGGCAGAGGAGACAGAGGAGGAGGAGGAGGAGGAGGAAGAAGAGACAGAUGAGGAAGAAGAAGAGACAGCUCAGGCAAGAAGGGGGAAGAGAAAGGAACAAAAAAGACGAAGGAGACAGAAGAAGCGCAUGCGAAGGGCGAGGGACGAGGAGUAG